CGUCACCUUGCGUACUCCGCAAAAGCCGACGGCCCAUUUCCCUCAGAUCACGUCACAACGUUCCGCCUGGGAGCAAUGUGAUCGGAUGACCGACAAACACUAGACGGGGCGGCAGCUGUGAUCGCGAGCUUCUCACUCGCUCGGUGUCUCUCAGUUCAGUGCUCUCUCUCUCUCCCCAAUCCUCAAUGGAGGCGGCGACUGUGAUGGCGGAAAUAGGGAAGACGAAGCUUGACUCGGGGUGGCUUGCGGCGAGGUCAACCGAUGUGGAGUUGACCGGGACUCAGCUCACCACCACUCACCCGCCCACUGGCCCCACCGCGCCGUGGAUGGAGGCCGUUGUUCCCGGAACUGUGUUGGCAACGUUGGUAAAGAACAAGAAGGUGCCAGAUCCUUUUUAUGGGCUGCAAAACGAGGCCAUCUUAGAUAUUGCUAUUUCAGGAAGGGAAUACUACACGUUCUGGUUUUUCACAACUUUCCAGUGCAAGCUGACUGGAAACCAGCACUUGGAUCUAAAUUUCCGGGGAAUCAACUACUCUGCUGAAGUCUAUUUGAAUGGGCACAAAAUGGUGCUACCAAAAGGGAUGUUUAGAAGACAUAGCCUUGAUGUUACUGACAUUCUGCAUCCUGAUGGUCAAAACCUUCUAGCGGUUCUUGUGCAUCCUCCGGACCAUCCUGGGAGUAUUCCCCCUAAGGGAGGACAGGGUGGAGAUCACGAGAUUGGGAAGGAUGUUGCGACGCAAUAUGUUGAGGGUUGGGACUGGAUUAUCCCUAUAAGAGACAGAAACACUGGCAUAUGGGAUGAGGUAUCAGUUUCAGUUACCGGGCCUGUGAAGAUAAUCGAUCCUCACUUGGUUUCAUCAUUCUUUGACAACUAUAAGCGAGUAUAUUUACAUGCUACGACGGAGUUGGAAAACAAAAGUUCUUCGGUUGCUGAGUGCUCUCUUAAUAUUCAAGUGAGCACUGAACUAGAGGGCAAUGUUUGCUUGAUAGAACAACUGCAGACCCAACAUCUGUCGAUUUCCCCAAGAGCACGCGUGCAGUAUACAUUUCCCCAGCUUUUCUUUUACAAGCCUAACUUAUGGUGGCCAAAUGGUAUGGGUAAGCAGGCCCUUCACCAUGUGACAAUCAGUGUUGAAGUGAAGGAACAUGGAGAGUCGGACCAGUGGACCCAUUUAUUUGGAUUUCGCAAAAUUGAGAGCCAUAUUGAUAAUGCAACAGAUGGAAGAUUGUUUAAGAUAAAUGGGCAACCUAUCUUUAUUCGUGGCGGCAAUUGGAUAUUAUCAGAUGGUUUACUACGGCUCUCAGCGAAACGAUACAGAACUGAUAUCAAGUUUCACGCUGACAUGAACUUUAACAUGAUUCGAUGCUGGGGUGGUGGAUUGGCUGAGAGACCAGAAUUCUAUCAUUACUGUGAUAUGUAUGGUCUGCUGGUCUGGCAAGAGUUUUGGAUUACUGGGGACGUUGAUGGUCGCGGUGACCCAGUGUCAAAUCCUGAUGGUCCAUUGGAUCAUGACCUUUUCAUGCUUUGUGCGAGGGAUACUGUGAAGCUUCUAAGGAACCAUGCUAGUCUCGCUCUCUGGGUAGGCGGAAAUGAACAAGUUCCACCCAAAGACAUCAAUGAAGCUUUAAAGAAUGAUCUCCAACUCCAUCCUUAUUUUGAAACUCCCAGUGAAACUGAUAAAUCUCCAGAAGAACCAUCCACGGCAUCACCAAAAGAUCCUAGCCUGUACCUUGACGGGACACGUCUCUACGUCCAAGGUUCCAUGUGGGAUGGAUUUGCCAAUGGGAAGGGUGACUUCACCGAUGGACCUUAUGAAAUCCAAUACCCUGAAAGUUUCUUUAGGGAUGAUUUCUACAAGUAUGGUUUCAAUCCCGAGGUUGGCUCUGUUGGGAUGCCUGUGGCAGCUACCAUCAGAGCCACGAUGCCCCCUGAAGGAUGGCGGAUUCCUCUGUUCAAGAAACUUCCGGACGGUUACACAGAAGAAGUUCCAAACCCCAUAUGGACCUACCAUAAAUACAUACCUUAUUCAAAACCGAGCAAAGUUCAUGAUCAGAUUGAACUAUAUGGUACCCCGAAGGAUCUUGAUGAUUUCUGUUUGAAGGCUCAACUUGUGAACUACAUUCAGUAUAGAGCUUUGCUGGAAGGAUGGACUUCUCGAAUGUGGAGCAAGUACACGGGGGUUCUGAUCUGGAAGAAUCAGAAUCCUUGGACUGGUCUUCGAGGUCAGUUUUAUGAUCACUUGCUCGACCAAACGGCCGGCUUUUUCGGUUGCCGAUGUGCAGCAGAGCCAAUCCAUGUCCAGCUCAAUCUUGCUACCUAUUCUAUUGAGGUGGUCAAUACAACAUCCGAGGGGCUGUCGGGUGUGGCCAUAGAAGCAUCAGUCUGGGACUUGGAAGGAGCAUCUCCAUACUAUAAGGUUUUCGAUAAUCUCUCCGUACCGCCUAAAAAGACCAUGCCCAUUGUGGAGAUGACAUACCCAAAGUCGAAGAACCCGAAGCCCGUCUACUUUCUCCUGCUCAAGCUGUACAACAUGUCUGAUUAUGGCAUCUUAUCGAGGAACUUUUACUGGUUGGGCAACUACAAACUUUUGGAACCUUACAGGAAGAAGAAUGUCCCUCUAAAGAUUACAUCCAAAGCUUUCAUCAAAGGCUCCACUUACGAGAUUGAAAUGCAUGUUCAGAACACAUCAAAGAAACCUGACACGAGAAGUUCAACAUAUAUGAAUAACUUCGUCCGGAGGGAUAUGGAAAUCGACUUUGAUAUGUCUUCGUUGAAUUUUCACUCUCUCCAAACUGGAAACGACGGACAGCUGAAAGUUAAUUUGUUCAGGAGGUUUCAGAAUUACUUUUUGAGGGAGGGAGAUGAUUCUGAUUUGAGAGUCGCCACAAUAAAUGGGACCGAUGCUGGCGUCGCUUUCUUCCUCCACUUCUCGGUCCAUGAAAUGAAGACGGACACAAAGGAGGGAGAGGAUACGAGGAUUCUUCCAGUUCAUUACUCUGACAACUAUUUCUCUCUGGUGCCGGGCGAGGUGAUGCCCGUGAAGAUCUCCUUUGAGGUCCCUCGUGGAGUCACUCCUCGAGUUACGCUUAGCGGGUGGAACUACCAUAGCUCUCAUACUGUUCACUGAAGCAGGUUCUUUCUUUUCACUCUGUAUAUUACCUGUUUCUACAUAGCAUGUCUUUCUACAUAGCCUGUCCUAUGUCGUCAGUUACUUGAACUGUAUAACAACGAAUUGAUGUAUGUAACAUUGUAAUACCGUGAUGUCGGAUCUAGUUGGAGAAUAAAUGGAAGACGAACGAAAACACUCUUGUUGAUCUUUCUCUGAA